AUUGGCCUUUUCAUUCGUACUUACCCCAUGCUUAGAAGUAGAAUAGUCAGCACCUACCUUUCUUUGCACAGAGCAGGAGCUGAGACAGCAGCAGAGCCUCGGGAGAAAGUUGAGGCCCAGGAAUGGGGGCAGGAGGAACGUGCACACUUCCCCAGAGGAUGAUAAGAUUCUCCUCCUGUUAACCAUUAUCCCCCUGCUUCCAAGGCAGUGUCUUCAAGGAGGUGUGACGGGACAGGGCAGGGUAGGUGGGAGGGUCAGCUGCUUUCAAUGGACCUUGGCCCCACACCGAGCACUGGGUCGCUGAUCCAGCUAUGGAGGCAGCCACAGGUAGGAGGAGGGAGAAACCCUCGGAGGGGACUUGAGGACAGUCAGGGGGCAGAUUGUGAGGCUGGGGCUUUGGGACCAGGGCACACUCUAUGUUGGGGCUUGGAGCCCCGAGGCAAAGAGACUGGAAGUUAGGAGAGAAGAGGAAGUUCGAGUUUAACCCGAAGCUGGGCAUUGAUAAUCCUGUCCUCUCCCUGGUGGAAGACCAUGACCUCUCUGGUCUCUGGAGCCUGGAGCUGCCUCGCUUCUGUCUGCUGAGCAAAGAGAAUGGCAGGAAUUUUGGGUUCCACUUGAAGCAGGAGCUGGGCGGGGCCGGGCCUGUGGUGUGCAGGGUGGAGCCAGGCACCUCUGCCCAGCGCCAGGGUCUGCAGGAAGGAGACCGGAUCCUGGGGGUGAACAACCACGUGGUGGAGCAUGAAGAGUAUGCAGUGGUGGUCCGCCACAUCCGGGCCAGUGGCCCUCGGGUGCUGCUGACGGUUUGGACGCAGCACGUGCAUGAUGUGACCCGAGCUCAGCAGGGGAAUGAUGCCCACCUCUGUCCUACUCUCGGCCCAGGGGUCCGGCCCCGGCUGUGCCACAUAGUGAAAGAUGAGGGUGGCUUUGGCUUCAGUAUCACCUACAGGCAGCAGGGUCACUUCUGGCUGGGGCUGAGUCCUGGAGGAGCCGCUGAGAGGGCAGGGGUGCCCCCUGGAGCCCGACUGCUGGAAGUGAACGGGGUCGGUGUAGAGAGGUUCACUCAUAGCCGGCUCAGCAGGAAGAUUUGGCAAAGUGGAGAGCAGGUGACCCUGCUGGUGGUCGGGCCAGAGGUGGAGGAGCAGUGUCGCCGGCUGGGAAUGCCGCUGGCCGCACCCCUGGCAGAAGGCCGGGCUCUGCCCAACAAACCCCGCUGUCUGCACCUGGAGAAAGGGCCCCAGGGCUUUGGGUUCCUGCUCCGGGAAGAGAAGGGCCUUGACGGUCAGCUCGGGCAGUUCCUGUGGGAGGUGGAUCCCGGACAGCCAGCCAAGAAGGCCGGGAUGCAGGAUGGGGACCGGCUGGUGGCUGUGGCUGGGGAGAGCGUGGAGGGGCUGGGCCAUGAGGAAACAGUGUCCAGGAUCCGGGCACAGGGCUCCUGUGUGUCCCUCGUCGUCGUUGACCCAGAGGCUGACCGCUUCUUCAGCAUGGUUCGCUUAUCCCCACUCCUCUUCCUGGAGAGCCCAGAGGUUCCUACCUCUCCCCAGGACAUCUGCUCAACCUUUCUGGUUGACACCAAGGACCCACCAGUUGAAGACACAGCCACACCUUUUGCCCCAUGUGGGUCCUGCCAGUGCGUCCUCUACCCUGGGCCUGGCGGUGGCUAUGGCUUCCGGCUUAGCUGUGUGGCCAGUGGGCACUGUCUCUUUGUCUCCCAGGUGACCCCAGGAGGCUCAGCCGACCGGGCAGGACUGCAAAUGGGAGACAUAAUUCUCGAGGUGAAUGGGUAUCCCACGCGUGGAGAGAACGACCCGGAGAAGCUUCAGCAGCUGGCUGAAGCUAAGCCGCCCCUCUGCCUGAAGCUGGCGGCCCGGUCUUGGCAGGGCUGGGAAGCCUGGAUUCCCCAGGGGUCUCAAGAGGUCUCGGCUCUGGCCUCAGGUCUGCUGUAAUGCUCCCCUGCUCGGCGCGCGCCUGCCCAGGGGCUCUCCUGUCCCUAUUUCCAGCCUGAGGUGGUAAUGGCUGAGACCCUCUCUUUAGGCUGAAAAGAGACUGAAACUCUCGACUCUGGACACGUCCCAUCCCAGGAUUGCCCAGGGUCUCCCUCCCUCCCUUCCCAUGGGCCUGUAUCCCUGGAAAGGGUGUGGCCAGAAGGCCUCUGGUCCCCGUUCGUGAGCCUCCCGUCUGAUUCCAGAGGACGUCACCUGGGGGCUUUGGGAGCUGUGCCCGAAGGAUGAGUGGUGUGAUUUUGUGAUUUAUAAGAAAUGUAUUUAUACACUUAUCACAGUGAGCAUUUCAUAACAUAUAUGUUAGUAAUAACGUGUAACAGUUGAAUUGCUGUUGUACACCUAAAACCAAUAUAGUGUUGUAUUAUCAACUAUAUUUCAAUUAAAAAAAAAGAAACUAGAAAUACUCAGUAUCAUUGUAUAACUGCAAUAUGUAAAUUUUUGGAUUUAAUAAACUAAAUAUUAAUG